ACUGCUAACGUUUUGGUCCGUUUUUAUAGCUACCUUUACCCUAACUAAAUAGUUUAAUGUUAAAUACACGUUACAGUGGUCGUGUGGAGUAUGCAGCAACAGUGCCAGACGCCUCAUCUAACACCACAGAAGAUCAACUACAAGGAAACGAAUUGAGUACCACACUCUUUCACUCUCAGCAAGGAUUGUAUCUGUGAGUGGGGACUACAGAGGGACAAAUGGAUGACAAAGGACUGGCUGAGCCUCUGCAUAAAGUCUCUCUAAUUAAAGAUGAGCUGCGUCAGACCAAUGUGGAGUCCACAGACACAGAAAAGGUCACUCAGCAUCUGACCAAGGAGCUGCAGGAGGCCCUGGCAAAAGCCAACAUGGACAAACAAAAAUGUUUGGAUUUACAAGGGCUGUUGGAGGAGCAGAAGAAGGCUGCCAAACAGCAGUCGGAUCAGUCGGCCAAGCAGGUUAAGGUCCUGCAGUCCCAGCUGCAGAUCGUGCAGGAGGACAUGGAGACGCUGCGUGAGCAGAGAGACAGCGCCCUCUUCAGCAUGCGCCAGGAAGUGCAUGUGGCCCAGGAGGAGACGCAGCGCUUGCGCAAGACCCUGGAAGCCUCUGGCGCGCAGCGUGAGCAGGAGAUCUCCUCCCUUAAGGGCAACCUGGAGACCGUCUCCACGGAGCUGGAGAAGUGGAGGAAGGCCGCGGCCAAGUAUGAGCGCGAGAUCAACAGCCUGCAGGCCAGCCACCAGCAGCAGAACCAGCAGAGAGAGAAGGCAGCCAAACAGCAAGCCAGUGAGCUGGAGAAGUUGCAGAGAGAGUGUGCAUCCCUGCGCUCUGAGAAGCAGAUGCUGCAGGAGCAGCAUCAGCGGGAGCGGGCCGGUCUGCAGACUGAGUGCGGCGCGCUGCGCUCCGAUAAGGACCAGCUCCACAGGAAACAGCAGCAACUGGAGAAAGACCUUGACAGUGCAAAGAAGGAGAACUCCACCCUGAACAGCAGCCUGAAAGCCCUGCAGAAGAGCCAGGCAGACAUGGACCAGAGGCUGAGCGCCAUGCAGGAACAGCACGAGAAGGACACCAGCAAGCUGCAGACCACACUGGAGCAGAGCAACAACAGGACCAAAGACCUGCAGAAGGAGUAUGAGGUCACCCAGACUGAGCUGUCUGAGCUGAGGGAGAAGAGCGAGGGCACGGAGCUGGAGAAGCAGUCCGUGGUGGACGAGCUGUUGCAGUGCCAAGUCAGCCUGAAGACGCUGCAGGAGAAGGGGAACCAGCUGUCCCUAUUGCAGCCUGCCCUGGCCGUAAUCAUCAGCCUUGUCCUGGCUUUGCUGUACUGGUGCUUCGGCCAGUUUUGGUAGAAAGGGCAAAUGGAUCCGGUGGGCGCCUGUCGCUGCAGUGCUGGUAACCGUUACGGCCGUUGCUGUAGUGAAGAUCUCGUCUUGAGCCUCAGUCAUUACAUGGUGUGCUUGUACCCAAAUAUACUCCUGGCUACCUUACCCCACCUGCCUCAGACCUCAUUCCAUAAAUGCACACACACACAUAUAAAUAUAUAUAUACACACACAUACAUAUACAUACACACACACACACACACACACACAUAAACACCUUCCAAGUUAGUUACUCUGAAAAAGGCCUUAUAUUGAAAUGACAAUAAAUAUUGUAAAAAGUAUCAGAUCUAAGAAAUGCAUUAACAGUAUUUAUCACUUCAUGGUGCACAUUCCUUGUCUUUUAUUGAGUUGUAAGGAGGGCUUGCUCUUAUUCUUGUUUUUCAAAUAGUAUUUUUUUAAGAUGAGUAGUAAAAGUUGUAUUCAUCUCUGUGAAUUUAUCAGAGCAAUUGCAGUGGGGGAAAAAAUGGUGGUGGCUCCAGCAGUGUUCUAGAUGUGACAUUAACAAUAGAUGAUCAAAAGGGCAAAUACAACAGUCUUAAGACUCUAAACUUUGAGGAGAAAAAAAGUAAAAAGCCAAGGCCCUAUACACGAACUAUUUGAAACGGCGUGCAAGUGGCAACCUAAUGAUCAAUACUUAAAUUUGAAUGUAUAGGAGGUAAGCACUUUAUACCAUACAUUUCAUUCUAAUUAUUAGCUCUGUACUAAAUACUAUAAUCACCACAGUGUUGACUUUUCCUCUUAGCAUAUUGCAAGUUAUUACCGUACGUCUGGAAUAGUCAGUGUUGUGGUUGUCUAGAGGCCCUCAAGGGAUGCUUGUCAUUUUACAUCUGUUAGAGGUCUCACUUUGACACUAAGCAUGAAGGGUUAAAUCUGUUCAAGUAUUACCAUUUAAGUUUAUUCCAGUUAAGUAUGCAUUCUCAACAUAAAGGAAUAUUCUAUACAUUCUUUGAAUACCUCAGUAUUUGUCGUCACCUGUUAUACUUAGAUUCAGCUUCAUGCAAUUUUUUUUUUUUUUCUUGAAUUCAUUCUUUAAUUACAAGCAUGAAAGCACAUCCUUUGAAGGCAACUGAUGAGAUGAUGGUUGCAUCUGAUGAAAUGGAAGUAAAAGCUCAACUCUGAUCAGUUACUUGACAUUGUUUGUUCUAAAGAGUAUGGUACAAUGCAUCGGUUUUAUUAAAUUGUGUAAGGUUUUUGUCCUAUCAGUGUAUAUUAGUUUACUUACAAGUAAAUGUAAUGACUUUGAUUUACGAAUAAAAAAAUUACAAUAAAGAUAAUUAAUGUUA